AUGAACUCAAACGGACGAAAAAUGGACAUUAAUGUGCCUUUGGUACAUGUUAUGAAAUAUGUAGCACAAAGCAAACAAUUAUCGAAUCGUUUAGACGAUCUAAACUCGAAGAAACACAGUUUACUCUCAUUGAAUGGUGAUAAUUUGAAGUUGGGUGAAAAUGAUACCCGACCUGAGGAAAGACAUAACAAAAGAAACACCGUCAUUACGUGCCGGAAGCUGCGCAUUCCCGACACUUGUUCACAUCUUGGUCUAAAGUGUGAAGCCACCGAGGAUAGCAACCAAAAGGAGGGACAGGUGAUCCUACACGGGCCGUCAAGCUCCACAGAACUGACGUAUGAAAACAGCCCACCGAAAAGAAAUAGGAAUUUUAUUUAUAAAUCAUGCAAAUUAGAAAGAGAAAAGAUCGAUCAAGAGCGUAACCUUCCAAAUAUUUCAGAAGACCAAGUCAUGCCGUCCUUACCUAUCGAGAUUCUAAACAACAACGAAAAACUCAGAAAAAGCUCAUCAUACGUAUUCCAAAAGGCGAGCAGACGAGAUUCUGUAGUAGCCAAAGACUUUCAUGAAAGUGAUAGAAAUGUUUCUCGGCGCACAUCAUCGUUCACGGCACCCCACAAGCGACGGAACAGCCGCUAUAGCAUACACAAAAGGUCGGCAGAUGAAUCCGAUGAGGGUAUCGAACACGUUCCUGAUAUCCUUAAAGAAAAUGGCUUCGUCAGUGUCGUACUUCCUGUGCAGAAGCUUGAGUCAGAUGACCGGAGUUAUGUCUGUAUCAACAUUGACGCUAUCAGGAAGGCUGUCUGUGAUUCCGGUCUGAGAGCUGGAGCCUCCACGACCCGGACUUUGGCCGGACAGAGUUACCUGGUGUACGAGUGUACAGAGAAUCAGGCAGCGCCUCCACCGGAUCAAGGGGACAGGACUGCCGCGAUGCCACCACUUGUUGCAGAAACCCAGAAAUGCAAACAACAAACGAUAGGGGAGACAAUUAGAAUGAUGCAGAAGUACCCGGAUGACGUAAAAGUCCAACUAAAGGGCUGUAGAAGUAUGGGAAGCUUUGCAAAUGACGACUCAUUAUCUGUUCUGUUGGCUAAAAAUGAGGGAAUAUCCUGCCUUAUGACGGCGCUGACGACAUUUAAGAAUAAUGCCGAAAUACUCACCGCCGCCAUUGUUUCUCUAGCACGCAUGUGUGCAGCAUCCGAUGCCAGUUGUGUUCAUAUACAAAAGAACGAGGGGAUAUCAGAGCUUCUGCGCUUGACGAACUCGAGCUCUAAUAUAGACGUCAUAGAGGGCGCUGUCGACAUCCUAGGAAGCAUGUCCGCCGUAGAAGAAUUACUUGAGAAGUUGGUAGAAGAUGCCGUCCCUUCCAGUGUCGUAACCUUGUUAUCUCGUUAUGAAAACAACAACAAAAUUGUCAGCAACUGUUGCUUCAUCCUCAGUAACCUUACCAACGACUAUCAAACAGCGAAGAAUGUAAUGUAUAUUGGAGGAGUUCACGUGAUUGUGAGAAUCAUGGAGAGAUUCCGGCAUGAUGAUCUAGUUCACGAGAACGCUUGUAGGGCCUUGGGAAGCUUUGCUUUUCACGAGGACCUGAGUUCAGAUGUCUCCAAUGCUGGCGGAAUUCGCGUGGUUUUACAAACGCUUAAAAAUUUCCAAGACAGUACUGCCGUUUUAGAGUGUGCCUUAUGGGCUCUGGCUUGUCUUACUAAAUGUACUGAUGCAGGAGAAUAUAUUUGUAAGAAAAAUGAGAUAUCGACAAUAAUUGAUACACUGAAGAAAUACCAGUAUGAUGAAAAACUUCAGGAAUAUGGCUGCUGCACACUUUGUAACAUCUCCUCUUCUGUUCAGGGUGCCCAGGAACUAGCCAUACCCGCCAUUGUAGAGACGGUGUGUCAGUGUCUGGCACAGUUCCCUGAUAACCUCCAACUUCAGCAGGAAAUCUUCAUCUUUCUGGUUCCUGUAUUAGCAUUAUCAGAUGAUAUCCAGAAAAAGUUUAUACAAGACAACAGAGUGACGAUUUUGUUGGAGAGAAUGACUACUUAUAUUGACUGUCCUGUCAUACAGGAACACGGCUCCCUUAUCAUAGGGUCACUAGCGGUCAACAAGGCUAACCGAACAGUAUUAGAGAGACUGAACUCCUCAAGGACAAUAAUAACAGCUCUACUCCAUCACGAGAAUUCAGACAAAAUCCACGAGAAUGCGCAUAUAGCCUUAACCAACUUAUCUGCAGAAAUUUAUGGAAACAAGUCAACGGUGGAAAGAAAUGGGGGUGUACAGGCCGCCAUUACAAGUUUAACUACGACGUCACAUAACCCGGAUGUAGUAGAACUAGCACUCAAACUACUGGGAAAUCUGAUCGAACUUGAUGCAGCCUGUCAUAACUUCAUUGAGGACAAAGGUCUAGAUGUUCUUGAAAACUUACUUAAGGAGAAUAACCAUGAUCAAGAAACAGAAUUAUUGAUCAGAAAUAUCCUUAUCCAUUUAGCUUCAGCAAGAGGUAUUUCCAGUAACGACUUAGAGAACAUAGAACGAGUCCUUAGUACAGUGACUGAGGGACAGGGCAGUGGCAGUAACGUGGAUGUCUAUCUGGUCCAGUAUUAUGAAAAACUUGUCUCCAAUGUGAAUGGCUGCCGGAUGUUAAUGGAUGGCGGAUCGUUUGAUAAGUUAGUGGAUUUAUUAAACACCAACACAACAACAUAUGACUUACAGUACUAUGGCUCUAAGAUCCUAGCAGCUCUGGCAAUGAAUGGAUUCCACUCGAGGUUUUCAACAGAGAUUUUAUCGUUGAUUCACUCUGCCAUGAAGAAUUUUCCAGAAGAACUUGACCUACAGAUCGUAUGCUGUGGGGCUCUUUGUUAUAUGACAGAAGACCAAGACUCUGUAAGCAGUGCAUUCCUACACCGGGAAGGAAUGAGAACUCUACUGUCCACCCUUGAUAGAUUCCAGGAUGAACCAAGACUAAUCGUUGUGGCUUUCAUGACAUUAGAAAAUUUAUUAAAAUCGGACAGCGAAGACCUUGGAGAUUUACUGGAGUGCUAUGAUGUAUCCAUGGUGAUUGACAUCAUGGGCAGAUUUCCAGACAAUGUUGAUAUCCAGAUCUUUGGUUGUAAACUAGUCAUACUCGCCAACGAUGACGACAAGAAGAAAGAUUUGGACACCACGCCUCUCCUCGAUAUUCUUGACAGACGUAAAUCCAUGCAGGACGCCAUUAUCUGGGCAAAGCGAGCCCUCAAUCACAUCAAACCUGGGUUGCUGCAAAUUGAGGAGCGGUAGAUACAAGGGUUUUUUUCUAUUGUUUGUUAAUCGAUGUUUUCAAUAAAAAUUAAAGUACAAUGCAUAA